UCUCUUCUUCCCCACCUUUUUCCCCUUCUCUCUGAGCAAACGAGAGCCACCCCGGCGCUCAGUUCCCCAUGGCACCGCCGCUCCACACCUCCCAUCGUCGUUCUGAGGGCACUGUUAGAUGCGCCUCGUCAUCCUCUACACCCUCGUCCAAGGAAUCGAGCCGAGAGCCUCCCAAUCGAGCGCAAACUCGCCGAUUCCAUCCUCAACUCCGGCGAAGAAAUUGUCAAUUCCGGCCGCCCUCGUCCUCCUCCGGCCAAACCGAGCACACCACCUCCUUCCCCGCGUCGAGCCGCACCCCCGACGCCAUCUCUCGCAUCCUGGUUCGUCCCGUCUCCGUCGUCCCCGUGCUCACCUGCAAGUAUCCGCCAUGGUUUCUUCUGUCCCUGAGCUCCGCCGUGGUCGGCUCUAAUAGGGCGCGAUUAUGCUCCUCUUCAACAUCUUCACAGCAGCGCAGUGAUCUCAUGGCUGUAGAUCCUUCAAUUUAGGCGGAGCACUUCAGAAAAUCAACACAGGC